AUGUCUGGUGUUACAUUCUCUCCAGUUGCAGGCUACUCACCGGCACAGCCUCCUUUGCCAACCCCGUCUCCAUUCUCAUUCUCCGUGGCCUCAACCAGGUGGAGCUCCAGACCUCCAGUGCAGACCGCAAGUCUCCUCCUUAGGUUUCUCGCUCUCCUCUUCUCCUUUGGCUCUGCUUUUGCCCUGGUCGCACUGCCAUCAACAAAUUCAAAGCUCAAGAAAUACCCUGAAUUACUGUACUGCUUCACUGCAAACAUUUUAUCAGUGAUAUAUGCAGCCUGUCAAAUCUUCAAAAAUAUAUGUGAUAUAGCUCACAGAGGCAUAUGCAUCUCAGACAAGGCAUCUGACUACAUCAGCUUCUUUUUUGAUCAGUUGGCAGGAUAUGUGCUUGUUUCAGCAUCUUCAGUUGCGGUGCCAUCAAUCAAACAGAUGGAAAUUGGAAGUUCAGUUUGGAAUGCUUCGGUUGCCUCCGUGUGCUUGUCUUUCGCUUCUUUUAUAGUUUAUGUACUUGCUGCCUUCCUCUCAGGCUACAAGCUUUGUAAGAGAAUUAUGUGGUGAAUCUUGAUCUA